AAAAAUAUAGGAAAAAAACAUUCUAUUUCGGCACCGGAGAUUUUGUCUAAAGCAAAUCACUUCUUUCUUGCGUCGAUAUGGUGAAAUAAUUUGCUUUUUUCAUCAUUACACAGAAUUUUAAUUCAAAUGAUUUCCCAAACUUUGCAUAUGGAUGGCAUCUCAUCGUAAAUCAGCAUUAUAUAAGCCUACAGAUUUUGCCAGUAAAAAUCGUACUUUUUCAUCUACUUCAACCACGGAAAACAAUAUGGAUGAUGAAAAAGUAGUAAAAAAAAUUCAACAAAGACCCUUAGCAACUAAUGAGUUGGCUCAUAUAGAAAAUAAUCAAUCUAAUAACCAACAAGACAUUAAUGAUAAAGAAACAGUUCCGGUGGUUUCUACGCAAGAAAGACCAUUAGGUGUUGCAGAAAAAGAUGCAGAAAAAAUAAAACGUCUUCAAGAAUACAUGGCUAAAAUGAGUGCUGCUACUGAUUUCAGUGAUUCAAACAUGGAUAAAAAAUCUGAAAGUAAUAAGGGAGUUAAAGACAAUAAUAGAAAAAAGAGUGGAAAUAACAACCGGUAUCAAAAGGCCCCCUCAAAUAAAUCUUCUAAUAAAUUGAAAAAUGACCAAAAACCAAAUGAUUCUACUCGUGUAUAUAAAGGUCCAAAAAAAGAUAAUAAAGGACAAAAAAUGCAAAGUCAAACUAAAAAAAUAGAUGAAUAUCAGGGAUUUGUUGGAAAAUAUCAAGAAGGAAGUAUAGGAGUCAACAAUUAUUAUAGUAAUCAACUAAUACCUGGGAUUAAUGGUCCUAAUGAAAUGCAAUGGUUGCCAAUGCAGUAUGCUGUUGCACCAACAAAUCAAAGUAUUCUUGGCAGUCCAUAUAAUAGUUUGCCACUUUCUGCAUUUCGCAGUUCUAAGCCAGACCGUAUUCCACAGCCAACACAUAAUCAGCUACAAAUGGAAUCUGUAAGAGAUAAAAGUGAGCAUAAAAAAAGUCUUGAUUUUGUUAAAAACUUUUUUAACAAUGACCCUGAAGUUCAAUAUAAUAGGAAAAAAAUGGAAGAACGGACUGGUGUAAUAAAAACAUCAGCAACUAAUACAGAAUCUUUACAAUUAAUGCAACCUGGAAAUCAGGUAUCACUUGGACAGCAAAAUCAUUUUUUUACUAAUAACCAGCUGCCAGUUCAAGGUCAACAGCAACAUAUUCAUUCAAAUUUACAGACACCUAAUUAUCACCAGUCCCCUGUUUCUCAUGGUGCUUAUGUAGGCUCAUCGGGGUUUCGUGCAACUGCAAAUGUAUUGCCUACAGGGUCUAACAUGAACUAUUCAGGAGCAAGUAUACAGCAAUCUAGUGCACCUCCUGGAAUACAUGUUGCAAGCAAUGCUUAUGGAACACAACAUAUUGGAAGUUCACCUGGUCGCUAUUCACAUUCACAAAUUUCUACAUUACAACAACAACAUAAUCAGAUGUCUACUUUGCCACAAAACCAUGUGUCAUCGGUACAACAAUCAAUUAACUACCAAGAAAUGUUUCCAUUACAGCAUGGUAAUGCAUUACCUCCUAGUACAAAUGUUUCAGCUUUUUAUCAGCAAUCCUUUGCUCAUAGAGGCAAUCCUUCUGGAAUGUCUAACUAUUCACAAUAUGCAAAUUGUUUCCCAAAUAUUUCCCAUCAAUCACAUGUAGGCUAUGUUAAACAGGAAAUAGAUCAAACAGUUGUGCAAACUUUAUUGAAACAAGAUCAUGCAAUGCCUGAAGAAUGGCAACAAACAGCACUAAGUAAGUGUGGUCCUAUGAACUCUUCACAAGCACAAUCUUUGAUUGAACAGUUGAUAAAAGGAGUUUAUGAAUGUAUGAUUUGUUGUGAUUCUGUCAAAUGGAACCAUGAGGUUUGGAAUUGUGGGAACUGUUACCACAUUUUUCAUUUGCAGUGCAUUAAGAAAUGGGCAAGGUCAGAAACUGCUGCAGUUAAAGAUGAGAGUGGUUGGAGAUGUCCUGGUUGUCAAAAUGUUUCAACAAGACCACCUAAUAAAUAUUUUUGUUUUUGUGGUAAAAUACGUGAUCCAGAUUGGAAUCCAAGAGAUGGCAUAACUCCUCAUAGUUGUGGUGAAAUUUGUAAAAAGAAACGUUUAGUGACCUGUGAUCAUGGUUGCAGCGAAUUGUGUCAUCCUGGACCAUGUCCUAGUUGUCCUGUGAUGGUUACAAAACAUUGUCCCUGCACUAAAACAAUUUCAAAAAUUCGUUGUGGACAAAUUAAACCAAUUAUCUGUGAUAACAUAUGUUCGAAGCUUUUAAAGUGUGGUAAACAUAAUUGUCAAUUAAAGUGUCAUGAAGGUGCUUGCCAAGUUUGUGAAGUAGAAUUUGCUGAAGGAUGCUUUUGUGGUAAAGAAAAAAGAUUUGUUGUGUGUGGUACAGGUGAAAUUGUUAAAGAUCGUCAGCCAGAUGCAUUAGAUAAUUACCAAGGAAAAUACUCUUGCAAUAAGCCUUGUGGGCGUGAAAAAAAGUGUGCCAUUCAUAAAUGUGAAGCUAUUUGUCAUUCUGGCAAUUGUUCAGAUUGUUUAUUGCUACCAAAAUAUGUUACAUUAUGUCCAUGUGGAAAAGUGAAUAUUGUUGAUUUGCUUCCAAAAGAUGUAUCAAGAAAGUUUUGCACAGAUGAUAUACCAACUUGUGAAAGUUUUUGUGGGAAAAAGCUACCUUGUGGACCAAAAGGUUCAUCUCAUUUAUGCAUGCAGAAGUGUCACACAGGAAAGUGCAGACCAUGUGAGAAGGUCUCAACUGUGCAGUGUAGAUGUGGAGUUUCUAAAAAGGAAAUAUUCUGUAAAGAUAUAGUCCCAGGGGAACCUAUACUUUGUGAACGAAAAUGCAAUAAAAAACGCAAAUGUGGUCGUCAUAAAUGCAACCAAAAAUGCUGCAUUGAUCGGGAUCACACUUGUAACAUAAUUUGUGGGAAAAAACUUUCAUGUGGCAUUCAUAAAUGUGAUGAAGUAUGUCAUGCUGGCUUUUGUCCUCCCUGUUGGAGAGCAGGCUUUGAAGAACUGGCUUGUUUCUGUGGUGCUACCAUUUUAUAUCCGCCGAUUGCUUGUGGUGCCAAACCUCCUGAAUGUUCUAAACCUUGCACAAGAAACCAUCCUUGUGGUCAUCCAACUCAACAUACAUGUCACAAUGAAGAUGUAUGCCCACCUUGCACAGUGUUAACUUCAAAACAAUGUAUGGGUGGCCAUGAGACAUGGAAAAAUAUUCCUUGUCAUUUGGUGAAUGUAUCUUGUGGAAGACUAUGCGGUAAAAUGUUACCAUGUGGCUUGCAUCACUGUAUUAAAAAGUGUCACAAAGACCAAUGUUAUGAAACUGAUGAGGUUUGUACUCAACCGUGCCCUGUAAAACGCAACGAUUGCACUCAUUCUUGUAAUGCUCCUUGUCAUGUUGGUUCUGAAUGCCCAAGCACACCUUGCAAAGCACAGAUAACAAUAUUUUGUCGAUGUAAAAGGUUAUCUGCAAAUGCAUUAUGUCUGUCUGGUAAUGUGAAUUCUGCUUAUCAAAGUUUCAAUGCAGAGAUGUUGAGUGGUCAAUUAAGAAAUUUGCAGUUAGGUCAAUAUAUAGAUAUUGCUGCUUUGACAAAUGCUAAAAGACCAAAAUUUUUGGAUUGUGAUGAAGAAUGCUCAAGAAUUGAAAGAAAUAAAAGGUUAGCAGAGGCUCUUGGGAUUGAUAAUAAUGAAGGACUUUUUCAGCAUGCUCAAUAUUCAACUUUUUUAAAAGAACAAGCAAAAGUUCAAUACCUUUUCAUUCAAAUGCUGGAAAAUUUACUUGAGAACUUAAUUUUUAGACUAAAAAAGUCUUCACAAGAGCAACUUCAUCAUCCAUUUCCUCCAAUGAAUUUAAACCAACGUAAAAUUAUUCAUGAACUGGCUGAGGCAUAUAAUUGUAAAACAUACAGUCAAGAUCAAGAACCUAACCGAAAUACAGUGGUGGUUGCUGCCAAAGAUUCUUUUAUACCACAAGUUAAAUUGACAGCUUUAAUUGAGCGAGAAUUCAAACAAAGUCCACACCAAUCGUCUGGAGUACAAACUCUAAGCUCAACUCUGUCUACUUCGUCUAUGACUCAUGUACCUCCUAUUGAAAAGCCAAAUUAUUUUGAAGAUAGUUAAAAGUCUCAAUUGUAGUAACAUUUUUAAAUCAUGAUUUUUAAGUAAUAUUCGCGUUAUUUCAGCGGUUGCAACGACUUAGUUCUAACUCUGAAGUCGUUAUUCGUGCAAUGAAGGCGGAAUUUGUCAACAUACGUUAAACUUUAAUAUUUUGGAUAAAGUUUUUUUAUAUAUAUGGCAAUAAAAAGAAUAUUAAAUUAAAAGAUAAUUCAGAACGUUUUAUAGAACAUCAGUUGAUUUUUACAGAACUGUUGUAUUUUCAUUAUUAAACUUAAUUUUAACAACUAGCAAAAACUAACAAAUAAUGAAGAUAUAAGUUAAAAUAUUAGGAUCUAUAGUAUUUUUAUCUUGAUGCUCUAAAGACUAAUUUUUAAUAGAAAAGAAAUAAUUAUUUUAAAAAUUCUAUUUUAUGGACAAUUUUCUUGCAAACGAAUUUUUGUUUAGUGAGGGGGAUUGAAUAUAUUUGUCUUAACUCUUAAUUUUUUAGCAUUGUUAAUACUUAUUUUACGAUGCUAAUUUACGCUAAUUUGUUCACGGUUUAAAGGGAACGUUUAUAUAGUCCAUUUUUUAAUUGCUAGGAUAUGAGAAAUAUUUUGAAGUAUUUUUGAUUUACGUUUUAAAAAUAGCUUCUUUUUUUUUUUUUUGCCUCUUUCUUUCUCACUAUCUUUCAUUCUCUUUUUCUCGCUUUGUAAGAACAUGGUUACGUUGUGGUACUGUUGCUAAAUAAUCUUAUUGGUAUUUUGUUUAAAUUAUUUUCUUCAGUGAAUGGUUUUUCUUUUUUUCUUUAAAUGCAAACUAUCAAUGUUUUUUAAUGAGUGCAACUUGUAAAAGAAUUUAAAUGAUUUUUUAAAUCUUUUAACAUAUUUCUGUAAGAAUUGCGUCUUAAU